AUCCAAACGGCAGGGCGCGGGCAGAGGAGGCUGACUUGCCUGCGCACUUGUCCCUCGUGAGUCGCCGUCAGCGCAGCCCCUGUCCAGCCGCGGGAGGCCUUGGGCGCUGUGGUUCCGGUUCCGGUUCGGGCUCGCGUCUGCACCUGCGGGGACGGCGGGCUGCCAUGGCGUACUCCACGGUGCAGAGGGUGGCUCUGGCCUCGGGGCUCGUCCUGGCUGUGUCGCUGCUGCUCCCCAAGGCCUUCUUGUCCCGGGGAAAGCGGCAGGAGCCGCCAGCAGCCCCCGAAGGCAAAUUAGGUCGAUUUCCACCCAUGAUGCAUCAACACCAGGCACCCCCAGAUGGCCAGAACCCCGGGGCUCGUUUCCAGAGAUCUCACCUUGCAGAGGCCUUUGCAAAGGCCAAAGGGUCCAGUGGAGGCACUGGAGGAGGAGGUAGUAGAAGAGGCUUGAUGGGACAGAUUAUCCCAAUCUAUGGUUUUGGGAUCUUUUUAUAUAUACUGUACAUUCUGUUUAAGCUCUCGAAGGGAAAAGCUGCGGGAGAGGAUCGGAAAUGCUCGACUGCCACACCUGGAAACACCCACAGGAAAAUUACCAAUUUUGAGCUCGCUCAACUUCAGGAAAAACUGAAGGAGACAGAGGAAGCCAUGGAAAAACUGAUCAGCAGAGUGGGAUCUAACGGUGAGAGAGCACAGGCUGUGACUUCUGACCAAGAAAAACGGUUGCUGCAUCAGCUCCGGGAAAUCACCAGGGUGAUGAAAGAAGGAAAAUUCAUUGACCGAGUCACUCCAGAGAAAGAAGCUGAGGAGGCCCCUUACAUGGAGGACUGGGAAGGUUACCCUGAGGAGACUUACCCAAUUUAUGACAUUUCAGAUUGCAUCAAGCGUAGGCAGGAAACAAUUCUGGUGGAUUACCCAGACCCCAAAGAGCCUUCUGCUGAAGAAAUAGCAGAGAGAAUGGCCGUGCUGGAAGAGGAAGAAACCGGCCCUGUGGGCUGGGCAGCCCCCGCCCAUCCCGGAGCCCAGGAAGACACUUCGGUUCCUGCUUACGACCCAAAGCCAGAAACGUGUCCUUGCUGUUUUCCCGAGGAAGAGGACCCCGCCGUGCUGGCGGAGAACGCCGGGUUCGCGGCAGAGAGUUUCAGUGAGCCGGAGGAAGCCACCAGAGAAGUGUGGCCCCACGGCUUCAGCGAGGAAAGUCAGGGCACCGGCACCGAGGAGGUCUGUGCCUCUGGUGCACUGAGGAAAAGAACCCCACAGAGUGUUGAGUGCCAGCCGCCAGCCUGGGGAAGCCCAGUACUCUAGUUCCACGGUGACUGCUGCCUGCUCUCUGAUGCGUCCUGGCCCUGUGCCCUGUACCACCGUCCCUGUCUUCAGAUGUCAUCGCCGGCCAAGUUACACCCAUGGAUCGUGUGUCGUUGCUGGUGUUCACACACCUGUCACCUUGUAGAACACCCUCGAGAUUAGUGGGAACACCGGGCAGCAUCAUUGCUUCUCUUCCUGCCUUUCCCCCCGUCACAGCCGAGGCACGGCGCACUCCUGUUUGAUUUAUCGUGAUUACAGAUGGGACCGCUCAGGCGCCAAGGCCUGACUCUCCCUGGCAGGAGUAGCAGAUGACUCCCCUGUGACUGGACAUCACCUUACUCGUGAGGAGGCCUUACGGGCACCAGAGUGUGAAGAUGUCCCUGUCCGAGAUGCCUUAUCCUGGGGAACUUGAGCAGUGUAGUGGCUCCUGGGGUUUGAGAAGAAGCCAUUUCCUCUAUGAGCUUCCUGGGGGGAGGGGGGUGCAGAGUAAGGUAGGACUCUGCUGUCUGAGCUGGAGCGUCUCCCUCAGGGCCACGCUGCCUCCUACAGCCUCUCUGGGCCGUAGAGGAUGCCCAGAGUGAGCCUAGAGGCAGGGCGAGCUGUUCACGCAGACGCUGCCUGGCUCUCCAGCCCCCUUACUCCUGUUCUGCUUGCCUAAACUGCGAGUCCCAAAGCACCUUGGUACCUCUGCUCCAGAGUAGCGGGAGGAUGCUUCAGAGACUCGUUCUUGCCCAGCCAGACAAAGGGUUGAGGCGAUUGGGGCGAUAGGAGAGCCUGUUCCCCAUCUCUGCUACUCAGGCCAGGGUGAAGGAGAGACGACCCGUGCACUUACAGUACUUACCUAGAACUUCCUGUUUCUGAAUAAACUCCCGGGAGUUUGUGCUCACAGUCAUGUGACUUGAAACAAAUGAAGACUGAGUGUGUAGACCAGCUAACUCCGAAGGGACAGUGCCGGGUGUAGCUGUCUUAGAGUAGCAGUGCAGCGAUGCCUGGCAGAGGAGACUGUACACAUGGCAUCCAGGUCGCAGGGUCUGUGGGGUGAGCCAGAGUGGAGGGGAGAGGGGGAGCCAGGGCUGCCCUGUACCUUCUAGAGACGAGAAGGCACCCAAGAAGGGUAACAAAGAUGAGUGAACUUAUAGUUCACGUACAUAAGAUCUGAGAACUUCAGGAAGGCGCAUUCCUCAGGAUGCUCCUAGUCAUGAAAUCUGGAAGACUUGAAGCAUUGAGAAAGAGUGUGAAGUGGCCACAGCGUUCCACUGUAUCUGCUGCGAGUAAAUGCUGGGAAAACAGUUUCAGUCAUUCACAGAAGUUUAUACUAAUGCCAAAGGUAUGGGGUCAGAUCGAGAUCAUGUGUCAGCUACUACUAGAUAUUUCUUUUUUAAUUAAUUGAGCUAUAGAGAAAAGUUAAGUCUAUAGAAAGUAUAUUGCAUCUAUAUCUAUAUGGAAUAUUUGACUUGUAAAGAAUAUGGUUUAAAAAAUAAAUAAAAAAUAAUUAAAACGGAACAAUAAAA